GUGAACGACUGAACCGAAAUGAAAUAUUUUUGUUUACAUUUACGCAACAUUACCAAAUGCGUAAACCAGAAGUCAUACUGCCGGAAUACAGAGAACAGUGUUGUGGAUUUUCUCCUACUGAAGCUACGGUAUGAAUCAAGAACAAAUAGACGACCUAGUAAAAGCAAGUCAUGAGGCCAAGAAGAAUUCUUACUCCUGUUACAGCAAAUUUAGGGUCGGGGCGGCGCUACUCUGUCAGGAUGGUACUGUAAUUAAAGGUUGUAAUGUAGAAAAUGCAUCAUAUGGAUUGACAAUUUGCGCUGAAAGAACGGCGUUAGUUAAAGCUGUUUCGGAAGGACACAGGAAGUUCAAGGCCAUUGCCAUUGCGAGUGACCUGUCAAAUUCUAUUAUAACACCGUGUGGCGCCUGCAGACAGUUUUUAGUCGAGUUCGGUGUAAACUGGGAUGUUUUUAUGACAAAGCCGGAUCUCUCUUAUAAACAAAUGAAGACAGGAGAUCUCUUACCCCUUUGUUUUGUAGCUGAUAGCCUUGAAGAAGAACGAAUAAGUCAAUCGGCGUAGAUUGGCAAUUAUCGUCAUAGUUCGGCAGUCUUCGGCAACAUUGAAGAACCAUGUGAUUAUUAUAUCAACACAUUUAAAGAACUACAUGCAUAUCAGCUAAAAGAAAAUAGCAUUUGUUCUUAAUAGAUUUCAGACAAUCAAGUUUAUAACAAUCAGGUUUAUAUCUAAUUUUUAUUGAUGCUAGUCUGUUUUCCGUUAUUAUCCCCCGACGAAAGUCGGGGGGAUAUAGUUUUGGCGUUGUCCGUCCGUCCGUCCUUCCGUCCGUCCUUCCGUCCGUCCGUCUUUCCGUCCGCCCGUCCGUCCGUCCGGAGCCAUAUCUAGGAAAUGGUUGGGAAUAUUUAUUUUGAAAUUUCAUAUACAUGCUCACCACUAUGAGUUCUUGCGGCCCGUCAAGUUUCAGUCAGAUUGCCCAAGUAACCAGAGUUAUGGCCCUUAGAAGUUUCUAGUGUUAACUAUAUAGGGUACUAUAAAUAUGGCAAUUUCUGCAUCAUAACUUUUGAUAUAUUUGACCUACAACUAUGUAACUUAAUCAGAAUUUAGAUCACCAUAAUGUGGUUGUGUACACACAAUUUUAUUCGGAUUUAUUUGUAGAUUAAGAGUUAUUGCCCUUUAAUUG